AUGCCGGAGGAAGGCCGCCUUGGCCCCUGGGCGCGGCGGAGCUGGACCAUGUUGCUGCGCCUCGGCCAGCAGCUGCUGCCGCCGGCGCUGCUGGGGCUCACGGUCGCGGCGAUUUACUGUUUCUUCUACUGUGGCCUUUGUAAGCAGCCGCAGGAGCGAUCUGAGACGCACAUAGCUGAGUUACAACUGAAUAUCACAGGUUCUUGGACGGGCCCCACACUGCACUGGGAAGCCGGGCCGGCCUUGGGAAGAUCCUUCAUCCACGGGCCAGGGUUAGAGAAAGGGCAGCUUCUUAUCCAUCUCGAAGGCAUCUACCGGCUGCAUGUCCAGGUGACACUGGCCAACUGCUCUAGCACAUGCAGCACCAAGCAGCACGGGGUCACCCUGGCUGUGGGCAUCUGCUCCCCCACAGCGCACAGUGUCAGCUUGCUGCGCCGGAACUUCCAACAGGACUGCACCGUGGCCUUGCAGCGCCUAACCCGCCUGGCCCGAGGAGAUGUCCUCUGCGCCAACCUCAGCCUGCCUCUGCGGCCAUCCCUCAACGCCGAUGAGACUUUCUUCAGUGUUCAGUGGGUAUACCCUUGACCACAGCUGCUGGAUGGCUUGUUUCAUUUAUUAAGAGUAAUUUUAUUUGCACAUAUUUAAAA